AUGGUAUCAGUAGUCAGCGACGAAGAUCACCGGCGAAUGAGACGUUUGCUAUCUCAUGCAUUCUCUGAUAAGGCUCUCACAGCACAAUUCCCGCUCAUAAAUUCGUACGCUGAUAAACUCGUCAACAACCUCCGCCAUAAGGCCAAGGGAGAUGGUGGCUGUACGACUGUAGACAUCGUAAAAUGGUAUAACUACACCACCUUUGACGUCCUCGGUGAGCUGGCAUUCGGAGAGCCUUUCAGAUGCCUUGACGAUGAUUCCUUACACCCGUGGAUUAAGACCUUGUUCGCAUCGUUGAAGGACGGCUCAUUCGUUCGUAUUGCUAACUCGUUCCCCCAACCGAUCAAGACUCUCAUAAAGAAGCUGGCCCCUAAAGGCGAAAAUGAUGCUCCAAUGGAAGAGUUCACGUUUGCGGCAAAAAAGGUGAAAGCGAGGAUGCAAGCUGGCGAGGCAAAGAAAGUGGACUUCAUGAGCUAUAUUCUGAAACACAACGAUGAGAGGGGAAUGACCAUACCCGAGAUCGAGAGUAAUGCGGUACUGCUCAUCGUGGCGGGUAGUGAAACGACUGCGACUUUCCUCUCCGGGAUCACGUACUGCCUCCUUAUGAACCCCACGUAUUACACCAAACUUCGCGACAUCAUUCGUACCACUUUCUCUGAUGAGGCUUCGAUCACCCCGCAGGCACUCAAUCAGAUCGAGUUUCUCACCGUGUGCCUUGAAGAGACUUUCCGCAUCCACCCUCCUGUUCCUCAGACUGGUAUCCCUCGUAUAACGGCACCGGAGGGAUCCUUUGUUGAUGGGCAUUUUGUACCUGGGAACACAAUCGUCAUGGUGCCUCAGCUGCCGACCUACAUGUCAGACGCAAAUUUCGCAGAUCCCAGGAAGUUCGUCCCUGAAAGAUGGCUGAAGGGUGACGAGUGUCCUGAGAGGUACCGAGGGGAUAAUCGGAAAGCCAUGCAACCAUUCAGCGUCGGUCCGCGAAACUGUAUCGGGAUGAACCUUGCAUAUUUCGAGAUACGAUUGAUUGUUGCCCGCAUGCUCUGGAACUUCGAUUUCGAGCUUAUGGACGAUAGCCGUGAUUGGACAGAUCAGAAGAUAUAUACAAUGUGGGAGAAGAAGAAUCUGAACGUAAGGCUGACUCCGAGGCAAGUUUGA